AUGGAACUUCUGAUUUUCGUUCUUGUUGUCAUCAGCGUUAGUCAGGCAUGCUCACCAGUACCGCAACCUAUAUAUGUCGGAAGAGGGCCCGACACGGCGGAUGUCAUUUUAGUCACCGAUGCUGUAUUUGAUCCAGCUAAAAUCAACGAGUACAUGGGCUAUUGGCCAAAAACACUGAUUGAAAAGUACGGCAACCUGCUCGGUGAUCUCACAAAGCACUCCUGGACAAAUCACAACGGCAAAUUUGCCUAUACGUUCACCAUUGAGAAUUCUGAUUGUUACAAGGUGGACUCUUGGAUGAAACAGAUUGUCGCCAGCUCGCCACAUUAUGUGACAUACGUGCUGAACUGCAAUAAACCGACAACAACUCCAGCGACAACACAAGCGACAAACCUUUAUAUUAAUUUAAAUGGUGGCUCUGGUGGAAAUGGAAAUGGAAAUGGUUUGGAUAUGUCUGGACGACAACGAUCUCCACAAAUUGUAGUGGUGAGAGAGCCACAACCAAAUCCAAAUGUUGUAAUCGUGGGAAAUCCAGCCAACCAACAGCAACUGGGGUCACGACAACAAUCACCAGUUGUGGUCUUAGGAAAUCAGCAACAGCCACAACAACAAUCACCUAUUGUGGUCUUGAGAAAUCAGCAACAGCCACAACAACAAUCACCUGUUGUGGUCUUGAGAAAUCAGCAACAGCCACAACAACAAUCACCUGUUGUCGUCGUGCGUAGUCCACAACAACAGCAGAAUCCUCCUGUUGUAGUCGUGGAAAAUAGACGUCCGCCACCUCCAAAGGUGGUGUACGAUGUAGAUACGGAUGUACCAGACGACUGUGACGAUUAG